CUUUUAAAGAGCUGUUAAGUCAAUCCUGUGUCCCGGGAAGUAAACGGGUGUCCUUGGUGCCAUUUGGAACAAUGUUAACUUAUUUGGCCAUGGAACUCAACCAAGCCUAGGCUGAAGUUUCAUGUUACAGGUUAUCUGCUUUAAAAUAAGAGUCAACCAGAGUGUUUCAGGGAGUUUUAAAACUGCCACGCUAUUGGUAGAAUGAUAAUAGGAUUACAGCCAAGACUUUGCUGCAUUUUCUACCGAAGUCUGUAUCAGAUUGAAGACACAUGCUUCUUCUGCAGGCUUCCAUGAAGGCUGUGAAAAAAGUUUUCAUACCAAGUUGGAGAGCUGCAUUGAGCAGCUCAAAAUAUUGGCUGCUGGAAUCCCUUCUCUAAAAGGCGCUGUGAUGUGCAGUGUGGAACAUGCCUGAUUUUAAAAUCUUCUGGACAUGAAAUGGAUCGGGGCGACUUUGCAUUUUCAACUUGGGAGCGUUUUUUAACUUCAGGAACUUCACAGUUAGUUUUGAAAGAAUAAGGAUAUUUUAAAAAUUCACUCCUCACAACAACAUCACGUUAUCCAAAACUGAGUAGUUAAAGCAGUUACAUUGGACUUGCUCACCAUUGAGUGCUUGCUCUUUUUUUGUGGAAAAUUUGAGGGUCUAAAGAAAACAACAUUUCCAAAGUCUCCUUUUCAUAAGAGAAAUGCAUCUUGAAACAGAUUCCUCUGGCUGUGAGUUACCAACUUCUUAAUAAUCUGUGGACGGUUUAAAAAUCAGAAUGUACACACAGUGGGCAAUUGUGAAUAUUUUCAUGGUCUCCCAUCUGCACCUCCUGGGGGGAUCUAAUUAUCAGCAUGGACCUGUGAAGGCAUCUCAGUCAUUGUUAGAACGCUCAGAGCAGCAGAUCAGAGCUGCCUCUAGUUUGGAGGAGCUGCUCAAGAUCACUCACUCUGAAGACUGGAAGUUGUGGAAAUGUCGACUGAAACUCAAAAGCCUAGCUAGUAUGGAUUCCCGCUCAGCAUCCCACCGCUCCACCAGAUUUGCAGCAACAUUUUAUGACAUUGAAACACUUAAAGUCAUCGAUGAAGAAUGGCAGAGAACUCAAUGUACCCCAAGAGAGACCUGUGUGGAAGUAGCCAAAGAGCUGGGGAAAAGCACUAACACUUUCUUUAAGCCCCCCUGUGUGAAUGUGUUCCGCUGCGGAGGCUGCUGCAAUGAAGAGAGCCUCCUCUGUACAAACACAAGUACCUCCUACGUUUCAAAACAGCUUUUUGAAAUAACAGUGCCUUUAACAACUGUGCCUGAAUUAGUACCAGUUAAAAUUGCUAAUCAUACAGGGUGUAAGUGCUUAUCGACUACUCACCACCACCCCUAUUCCAUCAUAAGAAGAUCCAUCCAAAUGCCUGAAGUGGAUCGCUGUCCCCAAACAAAGAAAGUCUGUCCUGGUGAAUUAACAUGGGAUAGCAAUAAAUGUAAGUGUACCACACAGGAAGAGAAUCCUCUCAAUGGGAUGGAAGAACAUGCUCAUCUUCAGGAACUGGCUAUUUGUGGGCCUCAUAGGAAGUUUGAUGAGGACCACUGUGAAUGUGUCUGUAAAAUGCCUUGUCCUAAUGAUCUCAUUCAGAACCCAGAAAACUGCAGUUGCUUUGAAUGCCGAGAAAGUCUGGAGAGCUGUUGUCAGAAGCAAAAAAUAUUUCAUCCCAACACUUGCAGCUGUGAGGACAAAUGCCCUUUUCACACCAGGACAUGUAUAAAUGGAAAACCAGUGUGUGCAAGACAUUGCCGCUUUCUAAGGGAUAAAAAAGCCCCCCAUGGGCAUCAUGGCAGAGAGAAGCCUUGAAUCGAUUUCUAUCUUUCUCCCAACCUGUACCUUUUGGGUAUUUGUAAACAUUGUGCUGAAUUGCCAAGUUGCUGUCACUUUCCAAGUGCUAGUAAAAAUGAGUCAACAUCACUUCACUUAGCAAGAGUGAAUCUAGUCCCCAUUUAUUUGUUCCAUUACAUAAGCUGCCAGGAAUGGAUUCACUGGGACACUAGUAAUUGCAGAGGAUGCUUAUGGGGAUGACGGACUAGAGAAGGCGUGUCUACUCGAAGCUUUCUUACAAGGAAUAAAGUAGAUCAUUUGUUAUGGAACAACAGUUACUUUCCAGUCGUUAAAGAAAUGCACUAAACCUUUGCUAACUGCAACUCUUGUGAAAUACUCUGAUUCUUUCUUGUACAGAAUUUGAUUCGUAAGAUGUUCAGCACUGACUUUUUGAUCUACUGUUCAGCUUUUGAUUAUUAAGUUUAUUGAACUACUGUCUGAUGUAUCAUAUUUAAAUAUAUUUAAGUAAAUAAAUGCAUGUUAUUCAAACUACA